GUGUGUUCGGCACAGAGGAGGGGACCCGGAGAGCAGUCCAGGCUCGGCGCGCGGCGGAGCUGCGGCUGUUCCUGCUGCUGGGGGGAGCGGCGAGGUGGCCGCCUUGCGCCUCCCCGGACUUCCCAAGUGGGGGCAGAGCAGCAGCUCACCGAGCCGCCAGUUAGAAGGCACAGGGAAAGAGGGACCGCCAAACUCCUCCUCAGCGUCUCCUCUCCACCCCUUUUUGGCUCCUGCCCUUGGAGAAAGUGGAGUGUGGCUCUUGGUUAUCAUUAUUUCUUCGGACUGCUUCGUGGUGCACGGAUUCAGCUGCUUCCCAGUGGGGUUUUCCGCAGUUGGCGCGUCUCCCUGUGUGGUUCUGGCCGGCACACCUCUGUCGACGAUGAGGAAAGGUCUACGGGCGACAGCGGCCCGCUGCGGACUGGGACUGGGUUACGUGCUGCAAAUGCUCGUGCUACCUGCCCUGGCCCUGCUCAGUGCCAGCGGUACCGGCUCGGCCGCUCAAGAUGACGACUUUUUUCAUGAACUCCCAGAAACCUUUCCAUCUGAUCCACCUGAACCUCUACCACAUUUUCUUAUUGAGCCUGAAGAAGCUUAUAUUGUGAAGAAUAAACCUGUGAACCUGUAUUGUAAAGCCAGCCCCGCCACUCAAAUCUACUUCAAGUGCAAUAGUGAAUGGGUUCAUCAGAAGGACCACAUAGUAGAUGAGAGAGUAGACGAAACCUCUGGUCUCAUUGUCCGGGAAGUGAGCAUUGAGAUUUCACGCCAGCAAGUCGAAGAACUCUUUGGGCCCGAAGAUUACUGGUGCCAGUGUGUGGCCUGGAGCUCAGCGGGCACCACAAAGAGCAGGAAGGCCUACGUGCGCAUCGCAUAUCUACGGAAGACAUUUGAGCAGGAACCCCUGGGAAAGGAAGUAUCCUUGGAACAGGAAGUCUUGCUCCAGUGUCGACCACCUGAAGGGAUCCCAGUGGCUGAGGUGGAAUGGUUGAAAAAUGAAGACAUAAUUGAUCCCGUUGAAGAUCGGAAUUUUUAUAUUACCAUUGAUCACAACCUCAUCAUAAAGCAGGCCCGCCUCUCAGAUACUGCAAACUAUACUUGUGUUGCCAAAAACAUCGUUGCCAAGAGGAAAAGCACGACUGCAACUGUCAUAGUCUACGUCAAUGGUGGCUGGUCCACCUGGACAGAAUGGUCUGUGUGUAAUAGCCGCUGUGGACGAGGGUAUCAGAAACGCACAAGGACCUGCACCAACCCAGCACCACUCAAUGGUGGUGCCUUCUGUGAAGGGCAGAGUGUGCAGAAAAUAGCCUGUACCACCUUAUGCCCAGUGGACGGCAGGUGGACUUCAUGGAGCAAGUGGUCUACCUGUGGGACCGAGUGCACGCACUGGCGCAGGAGGGAGUGCACGGCGCCCGCCCCCAAGAACGGAGGCAAGGACUGUGAUGGCCUCGUCUUGCAAUCCAAGAACUGCACUGAUGGGCUUUGCAUGCAGAGUUUCCUUUAUCCUAUUUCAACUGAACAGAGAACCCAGAAUGAAUAUGGAUUUUCUUCUGCUCCUGACUCAGAUGAUGUUGCUCUGUAUGUCGGCAUUGUGAUAGCCGUGAUAGUUUGCCUGGCCAUUUCUGUAGUGGUGGCCCUAUUUGUGUAUCGCAAGAACCAUCGCGACUUUGAGUCUGAUAUCAUUGACUCCUCGGCACUCAAUGGAGGCUUUCAGCCUGUGAACAUCAAGGCAGCGAGACAAGAUCUCCUGGUGGUACCCCCAGACCUCACAUCGGCUGCAGCCAUGUACAGAGGACCUGUCUAUGCUUUGCAUGAUGUCUCAGACAAAAUCCCAAUGACUAACUCUCCAAUUCUGGAUCCACUGCCCAACCUGAAAAUCAAAGUCUACAACACCUCAGGUGCAGUCACCCCCCAAGAUGACCUCUCUGAGUUUGCAUCAAAGCUGUCUCCUCAGAUGACCCAAUCCUUGUUGGAGAACGAGGCCCUCAAUGUGAAGAAUCAGAGUCUAGCAAGGCAGACUGACCCAUCCUGUACGGCGUUUGGCACCUUCAACUCUCUGGGGGGUCACCUUAUUGUUCCCAAUUCAGGAGUAAGCUUGCUGAUUCCCGCUGGGGCCAUUCCCCAAGGGAGAGUCUACGAAAUGUAUGUGACUGUACACAGGAAAGAAAAUAUGAGGUAAAUAUGCUUUUUCUGGUGCGCUUGACUUUAUCAAUGUCUGACCUGGAGGAGAAUUGUGCAAUAGAAAGAAUACACCCAA